CCUGAAAGCUCCAAUUAGAAGUUGGUAGUAUCUUGUAAUAUUUUAUAUCUUGUAAUAUUACAAUGUAGUAUCUUGUGACAUUUAAAGGGUUUGUUCACCACCGCCUAGCCGUUUGUAAAUCAUGGAAAUCCUUCAAGCCACUCUGGACAAAAUGGAGCAGAGUUUCAAGAGAUUCAUGACACCCUUUGUUGUAUUUUUCCUAGCUUUUCCUGUUCUAAUAGUCACUCUAAUCAUGUACAGAAACUCAAACUCAACACUUUUUGAGGCUGUAUCAGAAAGCGUUGAACUCAGAGCAAAAACUCAUAACAUUUCAAAUGAUGAGUUGGGAAGUACAGGGUCAAACAACACAACCAACGGUGGUUUUCUAUUGGGGGGAAGAGGAAGAGUGCAUAAUAUAUCAGAUCAGAACAUAGUAGGAGAUGGAAUUGUAAGGCACAAUAGUUCUGUGUCAGAGGUCAGAGAUCAGAAAAUUCAAAACGUUACAGCUGCUACUGAAGGAACAGUUACAGCUAACAAUAAUAAUCUCUCAUCCAAAGUAGGCUCAAAAAAUGACUCACUUAAUACAAGUUCGACAAAUGAUUCAGCAGCGCAUGUUGAAAUUCCUGAUGUCAAAGACAAAUUGCUUCAUGGAUUGCUAGCUUCUGGAUUUGAUGAAGCAUCAUGCAUAAGCAGGGUACAAUCCCAAUUUUAUGGCAAAGCUUCUCCUCAUAGACCCUCUUCAUAUUUGGUAUCUAAAUUAAGGAACUAUGAAAAAAUUCAUAGAAAGUGUGGACCAAAUACUAGAGCUUACAACAGAAGCAUAGUAAAGAUUGUUCGUUCUAAGAACAAUGGUGCUGUUGGUACAAUGUGUAAGUACCUUGUUUGGACACCUGCCAAUGGUUUGGGAAACCAAAUGAUUAGCAUAGUUGCAACAUUUCUCUAUGCAAUCCUCACUGACAAAGUGUUGCUUCUGAGAUUUGGGAAAGAUAAACAUGGUUUAUUUUGCGAGCCUUUUCUCAAUUCAACUUGGAUUUUACCUCAAAAAUCUCCAUUUUGGAAUGAUAAUCAGGUCGAAACAUACAAGAGCAUGCUAGAGAAGGACAAGAGUUACAACACUUCAAAGGGGCAUUUACCAUCCUCUGUGUUUCUUAAUCUAGCACACACCCGCGAUGAUCCUGAGAAGUUUUUUCACUGCGAUCAUAGUCAAGAACUUCUAAAGAAGGUUCCUUUGUUGAUUCUGCUGUCAGAUCAGUAUUUUGUCCCUUCUCUUUUCAUGACCCCAAUUUUCAGUUGGGAGAUUAACAAAAUGUUCCCAGAAAAAGACACACUUUUCCACCAUUUGGGGCGCUACCUUUUUCACCCUUCAAAUGAGGCUUGGAGUCUAAUCACCGGGUUCUAUCAGAAAAACUUGGCUAAAGCAGAUGAGAGAAUAGGCCUACAGAUUAGAGUAUUCAAUCAUGCUUCCACUCCAAAACAAUCAGUUAUGGAAUUAAUUUUGAGCUGCAUCAUUAAAAAUCAGCUAAUACCAGAAGUACUUGGUAUGCAAAAUUCAGUGUCUUCUACUAGCAAAAAUCAGACUACAAAGGCUGUUCUAGUUGCAUCUUUAUAUCCAGAAUAUGGUGAGAAUUUAAAGACAAUGUAUCUGAGAAAAGAAACUGUAUCAGGGGAAGUAGUAGAGGUUUAUCAAGCAAGUCAUGAAGAGCAUCAAAAGUUCAAUGAUGACAUGCAUAAUAUAAAGGCCUGGGUGGACAUGUAUCUACUGAGUUUAUCUGAUGUUUUGGUGACUACCUCUCGAUCUACUUUUGGUUAUGUUGCACAAGGUUUGGGAAAUUUGAGGCCAUGGCUUCUUCAAAGGCUCGCCGGUAACGAAAAACAUUUUCCAACUUGCAAAAGGGACUUCUCAAUGGAGCCUUGUAAUCAUUAUCCUCCUAAGCAUUUCUGCAAUGGAAAGCCUAUUGAAGAUUUUGCAUCUUCUUUCGGUUAUUUGAGGAAAUGCGAGGAUUCUUCUUUUCAGGUGAAGCUGGUCAAUGGUUCUGUGUAGAUCUUGUUUGUUUCAUCUUUCAUGGUUAAAAUUAUUUUUUCAAUUUGCUUAAUUUCUUACGCAAUCCAUGGAUUCAUCAUAUAUUAUUAGAUGGAAAUACAUUUUGUGGCAUGAAACCUUGACAACGAAAAGGGAUGAAUUCAUCCUAUGAUUGCUUGAUUUUA